CAGGAUGUUAGGAGUCCUGAAGCCCUAGGUUAGCCUAGAUUGUUAUUUGACCUUAUCAGUUUGUUACAGAGUUAUAAAUAUCCCAGCUUCUCUAUUGCUGAGAUACGCAGAUAAUUAAUCACCGUUCAGUAACCUUGCAAUUCUCUUGGCUUCUAUUCCUUUCUAUCGGUGAGAUUCUUACAGAGAGAAGGGAAGGAGAGUUCUAUUCAGUUUUAUUUUAGAUCCUAUAUUAAUUCUAACAGGUUUUUGUCAUUUGGUAUCAGAGUGCUCGUUACUCAUCCUAAGGUCAGAGGUCAGAAUUCAUAAAUCCAAAUUUGUGCUCAGGGCUUCUAGUUUAGCAAUCAAGUUUGAGAAACGGGAUUCACCUCCGCGUUUCGAGACAAAUCAGAUGGGCUCUGGCCGAUUUGCCGCUUCAGAUUCUCUCACUUAUCUAAACCGAGAGGUAAAAAACUCGAUCCAAUCUCAUUCUCCCUGGCCACUCACGUUCUCAAGCUCUUCAGGCUCAACACCGUUGUUGCCAGUGUUGAGAUUUAGCAGAGACAAUUCAAUGAAGCAGCAACACAGGGAUAAGGGACUUAGCUACCAGUGUGGCACUGUGGCGAUCCCUUUAGGCUGGGACAUCGUCGUUCGACCUCAUCAUUCUCUCUUUGAUGCAAGUCGAUGAGGAUGGCAAUUUGAUAAACACCGAACAGGUACCCGUUGAUGAGGAAGUGUCCUUUAAUGCAACUCUAAGAAGGCCAACUUCCGCAACAAUGAAAUUACGUGGAAAAUUACAUGGGCGUGAAGUUUUUCUGUUUAUUGAUAGCAGUUCAACACACAACUUCAUUCCUAACAAACUUGUGCAGCAACUUAAGUUUCAUGUUUCAUCAGUUCAGACAAUUGGGGUACAGAUAGGAGACGACUUUAUCAUCCGGUGUAAUCAGAUUUGCAAGUCCAUUGACUCUUACACAAGAUUUUUACACAUUUUCACUAGUUGGAUCUGAUAUUAUUCUUGGAAUCAAAUGGUUAACCUCCUUGAAUACCUUUCAAGCAAGCUGGAAUGAAAUGUUUCUAAUUUUUUGGGCAGAUGGGAAGCAAUAUAAACUGCAAGGGAUCCCGAAAAUUGAUCCAAGCAUUAGUUUAAAGUCGAUGGUAACUCUAAAGUUGAGAUGGGGGUAGAGGAAGAAUUUCCAUAGAAUCUGAAUGAGUUGCUUAAUGAAUACGCUACUUGAUG